CUGCUGCUUCCUGUGAGGCGAGGCUGUCAGCCAGACAGAGAGCGACUUCUGCUCGGUUUGAGGAAACCUAAACAAAGUUAAACAUCAUAGAAACCAGAGGAAACAAAGAGAGGAAACCCCGACAGAAGAAAUAGGGUUUAUUCUAAACUUCCGGUGAGAAAGUGAGCAGAAAAACAAAGCGGCUGCAGCUUCGCUCUGCAGGAUGUGAGAGAACCGCAGCAGAACCGCUCUGAAGAUCAACAGACGAGGCGCUGCAGACAAACAUGUCUCUAUUCUUCUCUGGAGCCGUAACAAGUUCUCCUAUAAAGCGAAGGCUUCGUGGGAAUCACUCCUGUCAGAGCCUGGAUGCCUCCCUCCUCUCCCCCGACUCCUCCUACGUCUGUUACUCCUCCUCGGACGCCGGCGCCCCGUGCUGCUGCCGCCGCUCUCCGCGCCUCCUCACCAACGGCUACUACGACGUCACUGAGGACAGCUUCUGCUUGGACGAGGAUGGCAACGUGUCACUGACAGGCUGCAGGACCAAUGUGUCCUACAAGGAGAACCUGGUCAGAGUCUUUAGACGCAGGCGGAGACCCCGCAGGUCUCUGGUUUCUCUGCUGAGUGACGUCACAGAGAGCUGCCAUUCAUGGCUGGACCAGAAAGUCUUCAGAGGGAUGUUGGGAACCGGACACAGACAGAACCUGGAUCUGGAUCAGGAUUUGGACCCUGACUGGCCCCAGAUCAGCCAGGAGGGGCAGUCUCCUCUGGACAAGUCUCUGUGGUCUGGACUGAACAGCACCGAGCUGGAUGACAGCCGGAGUUUCACGUACGAUCCCACGGAAGCUCCACCUCCUCCGGACAAAGAAGCUCCUCGGAAGCUCCUAAUCCAGGAGGAGAUCUGCUCCGAGAUCUGUCAGUCCAAGGAGCGCCUCACCCAAUCACUGGGCAGCCUCUCUGAAGUCCCGCCCCCUCCUGCUAUCUACAGCUGCUGCUGUCAGACGUCACCUGAGCCCACAGGUCUAACGAUGAAGGCUCUCCUCCUCAUCAUCUUCAUCAUCUUCAUCCUCAGCGGCCUCUGCUCAGGGUGUUUCUGGUGGAGCGCAGCCGUGACGUCGGCCAUGUUUGCUAUGAUGUCAGCAGUGAUGUUUGUGACAAAGUCUGGACCAAUGGGUGAGUGGAGGAAAGCGAAGACGGAGGAUAUCACCUCCAGAAACGAGUGAGACAAAAUCUCCAUCACCUCCAGAAACGAGGACAAAAGAGAAAGCUGUCUGUUGGUGUGUCACUUAGAGUUUGUAGUCAGGUUGGACAAUAAGGUCAACAUGUUCUGAGCUCUGGAGGGAUUUUAAAGCCAAACAAGGAUUCAUUUUAUAAAAAAAAAAUCUUAAAUGGAUGAAUAAAUGGUAAGAGAUGGGGGACAGCAAAAUGAAAAAGCCCUCAGACGUUCUCUAGAAAAUCAUGUUUGGAUUUCUCCAUUUUUGGUUUUAAAUUUCUGAAGGAGCUCAAAUGUUUUUAAACAUUAGCUUAGCUUAGCAGCAUAUAAAGCUGGGAAAACUGAAUCAGAAACUUAAUCCUAUCAGGACAAAGUGAUAAACUUCCUUUUUAAAGUGAACAAACAGACUUAUAAUGUCCGGAAAACAGGUUAAGGU